CAUCUUGGUUGGCUUUCAAAAUGUUAUCGACCAUCCCCCUUUCUCUCCCAUCCCUACGCCAACACUCCAUCUUCAUCCCUCCCCCUCACAUCUCUACCUCUGGCGAAGAAGAAUGGGAGGUCCUCUCUCGACCAGGGGAGCCUUCAAUCCCUUCCCGUUCGAGUAAACUUGCCAUAUCAGACAGGGAUCUAUUCGUGGUCAUGGGCAGAGAGAUCCGAAUGACCUCUCUUCCAGCAGAGGGGUUUGAUGCGCUGGAAGGGGCGGUAGGGAACUACAAGACGCUAUCCAGUUCUCUUCUUUCUUUUUCGAUCCACCAGAUCGUGCCCAAUCCAACUGGUCGACUACUGGCUGUGAUUGGGCAAACGCAAAUAGUCGUGUUGGUACUCCCGAAAGGCGGCAUGUCUUCUGGCGAGGUGCAUUGCAAAUCCUUUGCGAUUGACGAGUAUCAAUUUUCAUCAACUUCCUCGAGUAAAAUCAGUAAAGUCAUUUGGCAUACCCUGGGAGAAGGUGGUAACUCUCUUUGGAUACUCACUUCGGACGGACAACUUCGAGAGUAUGAUGUUCGACAGCCCGAAGACCCAACACAAACAUUUUCUUUCCUUCCUGAAUACUCCAAACCCUCUACCUCCCGUUUUACCGCCAUCGACCCUUUCGAAAUCUACGCCACCUCAUUUUGUUUCUCGCCAGCAGCAGAAGAAGGUCUUUAUGGUCUCAUGGUACAUGUGUUAGUGGCCAGCGGGGACAUUUACACGAUGGGUCCUGUCAUGCCCUUUCACGCGGAGUUUCCCAUCAUUUCUUUGCGGAAUAUGAGAGCAUACACCGACGCAAGACUCGAUCGAGCCGAAGGUGAUGUGUUUGGUGAAGCUUCGCAAGUGCAUGCCAGGGUGUUGAUGCAGCAUCAAUGGGUGGAGAGUCUGAUCAAACAAGCCAAAACUGCUGAAGAUUCUAAGAAAAGGGAAGAGACUCCAACGAAGAUACGAAGUAUACGUGCUAGCUCAGAAAUACCGUCAUCUUCACCUCCGCCGGGUAAGGUUGUGGUUCGACCCCCUCAUCUGAGCGAGUCAGGAGGACCAGCACCAGGAAUACAUCGACCAAUAUUACGACAGGGCCCUAUCGUUUUCACCCCUAGACCUAGAGAUGGGGAUGAGUUUGAUGAAGACAUUGCUCUCGAUCUUGCCUUCAUUCUCCCCGCACCGGGAGAUGACGAGAAGAAGGCAGUCAACGACUUUCAGGUGGUCGCCGUUGGAUGGGCAAGCGGAACUUUGGACGUGGGGGUAUUGUUAGAUCGACCUGAACCUCGAUGGGUCAGCUCAAGGGUGAGUGAUCCUGAAGAUUUGGAAAUCCAAGCUAACACUGUGGAAAUCAUCCGACUGUCGGGCGAAGAGAGAUUAUCCGUACAAAGCUCGGUGGAGAUCAUUCUUGAUCCACUCUUCCCCGAAACCUUCUACGUGCAACAUGAAAGAGGAGUGGACUCUGUCAAUGUGGCGCCUUUGGUGUCGAAGCUGUUUCAAUCGGACCAAGGUCGACUGGCUCAGUCAUCCGUGACAAGACUCGUAGAGUCUACAUCGUCUUCCGACGUCAAUAUCAUCGGCACAGUACCUCUGUGUAACAUCUCUCUCGGGUAUUGCUUGAUUGCUUUGGGAUCCUCUGGACAGCUCGCCACUGUCGAGCUCGACUUUCAACCUUCUAGCUCGACCGAUAUGUCAUUGUCUCCUACGAAGUCUGUCAAGGUGAUUCCUGCCGCAACCCAAUCUGAAGAUCCUCAAUCUCUAUUGGACCGGUUCGACUUUGAUAAUCUCGUUUCCUCCCUUGUCCGAUCGGCUCAACCUUUCAAUCCUUACCCCCUACUUCGAAAAAUACCCGACUAUAACGUCCCACUUCAGAUGAUCUCUCCUGAACAUCUGAAAGGGUUUGGUACCGUCUCGGAAGCGUUUCAAACUCGAUUACAGGCUAUACAAGAUGCGUCAGACGAGUUGGAACACCGAGUAGACGUGCAGAUAAAGGAGUAUCAACGUCAAUUGAAACUUCUUAAAGAGUGUCAAAUGCGGAUAUCUGAACUACACUCUCAAUCUCGGAGGAAAAGGGUCGAAGAAUUGUUACGAGCUCAGGAAGUCAUGUCAGAUCGGUUGACAUCACUCAUUUCUCGUUUGGCGGUUGAGUAUAGACCGCAAGUGGGCGAAGCGGAGAAAAAGUGGUUCGAAGAGCUGGAUAGAUUAAGGUCACGAGUGGCGGGUAAUAGGGGGUUGACAGCGAGAGUACAAAAUGUGAAACAACAGAUUGAGGCUCUGAAGCCGAGAAGAAAAGAGGAAGAAGAUUUGACGGGGAUGGGAUAUGGGAGUAGGCAGAUCAAACCUCUGGAAAUGGCGUUGAGCAGUCGGUCAGAGGAGAUCAGGAGAUUGAUGAGGAAGAUGGAAUUGUUGACUGUGAAAGUGGAGUCUGGGCUGGGGGAUGGGACUGUAUGAUCUUGCUAGAUGCUAGGUGCUGUAUACUGCAUGACAUCUUCGUGAAUACCUUGUAC